AUGAAUCAUCGUAUUCCAGUAUACAAUAUCAUUUAUCAUAAAAACCAACAUCACACAGAAAAACGAGGGCGAAAUUCUUUUAAAGUACGAAUUCAACAACAAACUACCAACGAAUUUAACAGAAAUGAUAACCAACUUAAAGAAAACAACAAUGACGAAAAAGAAAAAUUCGAGAUAAAUCGAUACCAACAUGUACCAGCAC